AGAUACUUGUGUAAGUUAGCAUUUCUUUGAUUCUAAUGCGGCAACACUGAUCGUUCGGCACAGCAAAACUCUGCCGGAUCAUAUCCCCGGAUCUGGAUAACCGUACUUGCGCCAUGUGGCGGAUCCUGUUGUGGUUGACAGUCGCAGCGCAAGCAUACUACGUUUCUGCAAAAUGCAUUGACUGUGCGUUUGGAAUGUGCGAUACUGGACCCCAGUUCUGUGACAAAGCUAAACAAGAAUGCGCAUGCCCCACAAAGAAAACAGUCACUGAUUUAUUACAAGAAAGAAAAUGCAUUGACUGCACACGCAUCCGUUGCGAUACCGGACCUCAAACUUGUGAUCUUGAUCAAGAGAAAUGUGUCUGUCCAAAAGGCGGCAAAAUCUCUGGGGAACCGUUUCAACCAAGCGACGCAUUUUCUGGUGUUGGGACCCAUAUUAUUACAUCCGGAUGCAUUGACUGUGCGCAUAACAUGUGCGACACUGGACCUCAAACAUGCGACGCAACAGUUAAGAAGUGUAUUUGCCCAAAUGGCGGUAAAAUUCCGUCCAUUCCACCGGAGUAGGCGUUUGGAAUUUUCAUCACCAAAGGUCAACGACGAAUUCACUACCCGUACUUUAAAUUCUACACUGCCCUUAAAGCAUGGCUACGAUCUAGUUCUAUGUAUUAUGUAUGUAUUACUGUUAUCCGGCAGUAUGUAUUACUGUUAUGAAAAUGCGGUACAUUUCGGUAAGAGUACAAUAAUAAAAAUUAAGGAUUGAA